ACAGCAGCUCAGCAACUCACCACUUCAAAGGCGAUGCAAGGCGGAUCCUCGGACGAUGUCUUCCCAGUAGACCGAAGUCUCCUCAAUCCAAAGUUCGAGGCAUACAAGUUGCUUACCGACGGUGUCACUUCAGCAUGUCACCAUCUGCCCUCUAGCGUGCGCCUCUCUGCGCCAGACGGCGUAGGUUUCAAGGAGCUUCAGGAUCGCCUCAACUACAAUCACCUCGUGCCAGCAGCUUCAAGCAGUAGUCAAUGCGUGUACAUCGACGACGCAGGCUUUGUGAUCCUGGUUGAUUUCUCUGCAGGCUCUGUCAAGCCGAGCUUCCAUCCUCUACAUCGCCUUGAGAGCACGCCGAACGGAUGCGCAAGUCUCGUAGCCUUGGAAAGCGACCAGUGGCUGGUCUCGGACGCCAAGGGCGGCAUUGUCUGCCUUGAGACCAAGAAGCAAGGAUCGAGAUGGACAGCGGAAGUAGUCGCAUCACUAAAGGUGGAGGGGUCCUCACGCAUCCUCGAGGCACGACGCUCCGAGACGGAUGCCGCUGUAGUGCUCGCUUUGGUACAGAGCACAAGACGACUCGCAACCAGCACCGACAGCGGCGGCAGCAGCAAACCAACGCGUUCAAGCAAGGUGGCCUUUGAUGUCUCGCUCCUGGAGCUGCCCAUACCGAUAUCAACCACGCAAGCUCCUGCGGCCAACACCUCCUCGACCUCGCCAGAGCCUAUCUUCGUUCAGCCAAGCUGGACCGUCACUGGGAACGACCCAGCCUACCAUACUCAGCUUGGCCCCUCUAGCGAGUCGCAACACCUUCUCAUUGCCGAGUCAAGCUUCGAAGACACAGCGACCCACGCUGCUCGGCACUCAGCAAAGACGCAACCCAAGCCAGCCUCGACGUCUACCACUCCAGCCGCCUCAAGCAACACCGACACCCAAGCACCGUCACCCCUUGCUACAACACGACCCCUGCGCCCGCCGCCCCUCUUCUCGUGGCACCAAAGUAGCGACACCGUCACCCUCCUCUUCUCUCUUCCAACAUCCAUAAACAAAGGAGACACACGUGUUCACUUCUCUCCACCGAGCGGGCUCAGCAUCCACCUUGCGCCGCACGCCGACCUGGAUCGCGCCGCAAGCGAGUCAAAGAUAGUUGAGCUGCGAGAUGACGAGCAGGAGGCGCGAAAGGUUGACGAAGAAGCAAAGCCUUCAAUCAGGACUGCCCGAGCUCUACAGGCGGGUUGCUUUGCCAAUCGCACCUUGUGGGCUCCGAUUGACACCAGCGGCUGCGUCUGGACGUGGGAGCGUGUCCCUCCCGCUGGCGGAGCAAAGCGCACAGCGAAUGGCCAGGAGAAGGUAGGGGAGCAAGGGCUACUCAGUGUCUUUCUUGAAAAGAAGGACGAGGGUACUCGCUGGGCUGCAGUCUUUGACGAGGCAGAAAGACGUCGGCGUGCCGAGGCCAACGGUGGCGAUGAGGAUGACGAGGACGAUCCGCCAGAGACGCAGGACCCUUCUGAUUUGCUGGGGAUGGUGCAAGGCCUGGACAAGUACACCGCUGAAGGCGAAGCGGAUGGUGAUGAUAUGGAGUACAAUCCGCUCUUCAGCGCACAACGCGACUCAUUACUGCACGACGGGCUGGAGGCGGAGGAUGGAGAUGUUGGGAGACGGUUGUGUGUUACUGCUGUAGCGCGUGGAGGUGAUGGGCAAGGCAUCGCAGUCAAUCAUCCGCAAAGCGAGGCAGGCGCUCGCUCACAAUUGGCUUCGUGCCUGGCGAGACCGCUGCCUCAAGCCGACCGAAGCGACAGCGACGCAGCAGCUCUUCGACCGCUCGUCGUGCGUCGUGACCUCGAUGGUCUCGUCUUCUUUCCCCCCUCUCCCUCCUCCUCCUCAGCAUGGCAUCAUCGCACGACCCUACCCGCCCUCAGCUUCGUCCUGGCAUCCAAGCGUGACCUAAGGGCAACAUACGUCGUGCCUACCUCACGCUCCUCGAGCAAAGGAGGACGAACAGCCGUCCUUGCAUUCGAAGACGCGCCUCGCGUUCGAGACGACUACGACGAGGCAUCGAAAGGCGCCGGCAACCUCUUCGUGUACUACAGUACGGACGAGGAGGAGGCCACGGGUGCUGCUGGGAAGAAAAAGACAGAGUACGCGCCUAGCCGCGUCAUUAGGCUUGAGGGAGAAGGCGGUACAGGCAGCUUCAUGGGGGCUGCCCUCUUGCUAGUGGACGGGAGAAGGGUACUCGCCGUGCUCUGUGAACGGGCAAUGCUUCUGUUGAGGGGCGUGUUGGACGAUGAGUAGGAGAGCCGCACAGCACGAUGAGCAGGGAUGCGAAUGCACGAGGAGUGUAGGACGCAGCGAUAAGAUGUGUGAUGUUAUUCAAUAUAGCCGAAUGAAUGGAUAGAGCGCAAUGAGCCAGCAAGGAGCGUGAUCCUAGUGUAAUUGUAGGUGGUCUUUUUACACAUUCGAAAGAGCGAGAGGGGAGGCCAGUCUUGACAUCCAUAUGAUGGAGUACGGUAAGGUAGGAGGACGGGCCGUAGAAGGAGGGGCCGGAGAGAGAGCGUGACGAUGAGGGUGGAAUCCGGAGCUGCAUGAGGUCGGUAGGAAUUGUUCGUGAAGCGUUGGUGUUCCUCAAAAAGGUGUUAAAAAGUUGUAUAGCGACCGGAACAUGGUCAAAAAGAGCAUGCUGCUUACUGCUGCGACUUGCCUCUGCCUGUCGUAGGGGAGCGCAUAACCUCAUCCCCCUCGGCAUCUCCACCCGCGUCCUCUUGCCCC